CACGUUCUAGUUUAUUUCGUCAUAGCAAUAAAAUCGAUCUUUUUUCCCCUCGCAGCCUAUAUAAUACUCUGGGAUUAACCAUGUACCAAAACGUGCCUAGUUAAACAGAUCUGCUAGCUCGUUUCGAUAAUACUGAAUACUCCGUAACUUCUUAAAUUCCUUCAGCAUGUUAAGCACCGAAAUCAAAUUUGAUAUCGUUUACUUGUGCGGCAAUGGCCUCGACGGCUAUCUCCAUUACCUGCAAGGUUCAACUCCUGAAUCGCUAAGAGCUCUCGUUCUUCGAGUCGCUAACGGCUGGGCUCCAUAUGUUUAUGUCGGCUUCAGAAAUCUCUGCAUCAUCGCUGCGACGACUCAAAGAAACAAGGUUACCGAGUACCUGAACAGGCCUGCAAAUGCUGCUCUUUCUGCCGAGAUUACCAAACAUUUCUACGUUCGUGACCACGUCAACUUCUCGGCCCUCAAUCUCAUCGGGCAUAUGAUCAUUGCUGCCAGCGGCAAGACAGAGCACCGCGGCAUCAAUCGCUUCCGCAAGCGUUGCGGUGGCGAAAGCAUUUGGCACGCUGAUCUGGACAGGAGCAAGUUUUCCGAGGCUCAAGAGAAUUUGCAAGGAAAAGGUUGGUAGGUUCAGUGCUGAGGAAGCUAUUCGAUGCGGAAGGGAAAUUGCUAGUCAUCUCACCAGUGCUCGCUCUCUUGCUAUGGCUGCCAACAGCAAUGCAAACAAGUCUGCUAUUCCUCCAAGAAGUAGCAUGGAAAUGAAUUAAGACAAGCUUGUUGUGGUUUAUUGGGUUGAUGUUGAUGAAGCCUAAAGUUGUUUUUGUUAGAUAUUUUAAUUUCCUUAUGAAUUUUGCAUAUUAAUUUUGCUUAAAAGCGGUUCGUGACGUUUAUUGUUA